AUGGCAGUGUCGCUGGUGAAAGCGUGCCGCAGCCUGGCUCUGUCGACGUGGCUGCUGUCCUUCUGCUUCGUACACCUGCUGUGCCUGGACUUCACCGUGGCCGAGAAAGAAGAGUGGUACACGGCCUUUGUCAACAUCACCUACGUGGACCCGGUGACCUCGGAGCUGCGGACGGAGAAGACUGAGUGCGGGCGGUACGGAGAGCAUUCACCCAAGCGGGAGGCCCGGGGGACCGUGCUACUGCCCGCGCCGGGACACGACAGGCAGGCCUGCGACAGUAACACCAGGUUCCCCACCAGCCGCGACCACCAAAACCCAUGGAUAGCGCUCAUAGCCCGGGGGAACUGCACGUACCGAGAGAAAAUCCGGCUCGCAGCGAGCCUCAAUGCCUCCGCCGUGGUCAUCUUCAACGUGGGAUCGAGUAACUCCAACGAAACUAUAACCAUGCCUCACCAAGGAACGGGAGACGUAGUGGCCAUCAUGAUCCCAGAGCCGAAAGGGCGGGAGAUUGCGGCCCUGCUUGAGAAGAACGUGAGCGUGAUCAUGCACAUCACUAUUGGCACACGCAACCUCCAGAAGUAUGUGAGCCGCACCUCCGUGGUCUUCGUCUCCAUCUCCUUCAUUGUGCUCAUGAUCAUCUCACUGGCCUGGCUUGUCUUUUACUACAUCCAGCGGUUCCGCUACGCCAACGCGCGAGAUCGCAACCAGAGGCGACUGGGGGAUGCUGCAAAGAAGGCCAUCAGCAAGCUUCAAGUGCGGACUAUCAGGAAGGGGGACAAGGAAACAGAGUCAGAUUUUGACAACUGCGCCGUGUGCAUCGAAGGCUACAAGCCCAAUGAUGUAGUGAGGAUAUUGCCGUGCCGGCAUGUCUUCCAUAAGAACUGUGUGGACCCAUGGCUGCAGGACCACAGAACCUGUCCCAUGUGCAAGAUGAACAUCCUUAAAGCUCUCGGCAUCCCGCCGAAUGCAGACUGUUCUGAUGAUAUUCCCCCUGACUACGAGCUGUCGCUGGGCGGCCCUCCCACUAACGCUGUGACUGGGGCCAGCGAGGUGACUGUGAGCGAGAGCUCUGUGGUGCUCGACCCUGCUGUGAGGACAGUUGGCCUGCCGCACCUUUACCACGAGCACGAUUCACAGCUCGAUGAGGGUCACCACAUUGCCAGCAGUGAGCACCAGCCACCUCUGAGCAGCGACUCGGACACUUCGCUCAUCCUGCCUGUGGAAGUGGGCCUGUCUGAUGUGGAAUUCUCUGCUGAAGCUGAGCAGGAGGAGGCCAAGUCCUGAGUGGAAAGCCUGGUCAGCACAGACAGAGCUCUAGAGGGGGCUCCUAUGGAGCCAAAUAUGGAACAGGACCACGGUGGAAAAUACACUACAAAAGGACCAUAAGCAAUAUAGCAUCACAGAUGUGCAGCCUCCUUUACUGUCCCCCAUGGCCUCAUCAGCAUCUACCCAAAACAGAACAUUCCUUUACCAAAAAAAAAAAAAUCUGCUUUUCUCUUUGCGCUCUCUGUGACUGUAGUCACACCAGGUUUGUCUUGUCCUCUCUGCUCCGCUAGUUUUGCAUUACUGGACUGGGAAAAGCACAUAGCCAGUUUCUGGCCCUUUCCAUACCGGAUCAACCCUUUGGACUCUGGAAAUAAUGACAUUGAAUUUCCUUGUGGGAUCACUGCCAGCAUACACAAAUAUAUCCCAGAAUGAAACAUUAGUAAUCUAUAUAUACAAAUAUGUAUAGAUGUGAACAUCUUACUGCAUUUGCUGUGGCAAAGGCAGUUUGAGUGCAAUCCAGCCAGCGCUGAUGAACGAGUACCUGUUUGGAAUACAAUCCUGUGUUAUGUGUGAAGUUUUCCUUUGAGAUGUCACCAGUGCUCGUAGUUUGCACGUUGGCUGCCAUUUUAGCAUCUUUCAAAUUUGGCUGCAAUAACCAGCGCUUUUACUGUAGCAUCAAGACUUUCUUUAUUCCCCCCAUUACCAGGUCCGGUCGAGUGAUCUGAGGAAACAAACAGUUCAGCCAAGACUAUGCCUGAAUGCUUCGGUAACUAGACGCAUCCAGUCACUAUUUACUCAUGGACUGGUGUGAGGCAUAAAAUGUUAAUUAGUUAGGCCACAUAAAUGAGUUGUUCUAGAAACGUCUGUUUUACUUGGCUUGUAAUUGGUGGUGCAUCAGUGGGGUGUACUGAGAAGCUGGAUACUUGGGAUUUAGGUUCAAUUUAAAGUGGAUUCUUGGGAUUUGGGUUCAAUUUAAAGUUGAACUGAAAGAAAGUUACUUUGGGUUCAGCUUAUAGUCCAUCCGGCUAGUCUACUCUCUUAAAAAUAAAGGUUCUUAAUAAAAGGGAUCUUUUAGAGCUAUGCCAUAGAACAGGGGUUCCCAACCUGGUCCUUAGGGCUCCCAAGCGAGUAAAGUUAGAGCAAAAACGUGGACCAUCUGGAAUGGGGGGCCUGAGGACUAAAUUGGGAAACACUGCCAUGGAGCAAGAGGUAUUCACUUCCAGACCUUGAAUCCAGUUUCUGGCCCUGGAUAUUUCUAUGACAUUUGAAAGCCAGUCAGUUACAUCAAAAGGCCAGGUAACUUCCAGACAAAAUACAGGGCCAGAAAAUGGAUUCAAAGUCCAGAUUUAAAGACCUCUGCCUUUUUGUUUUCUAGCAGCGGUUCUCAGUUUGGUUUUGCUCUAAUCUGGACCAUCCGAGGACGGAUUUCAGACCCACUGCUUUAUUUACCAUUUUUGCAAAUAAGUAAUCAUGAUGUAAAUGUUCUGUAUCAAUUACAGUUUUUCCUUAUACCAUACGUGCAAGCCAAGAACCGUUUAGGGACCUUUAUUUUGAAGAGUGCGCCCCUUCCAAAUUCUCUGUAGUCAAUGUGAACAUUUGCCGUAGGCUUCGUGUCCUCUGAAGUGCCACUUGAGCUAGUAAAGGCGACUUUUCCCGGCAUUCAUCCUGUUGUGCCAUGCAUGAAAAACAAGUCUCUUCUCAGUGUGAGGAUGGGCAGCAGUUGUGUUGAAUGUCUUAGUUCAUGUUUGAGGACGUCAGCAAGAGCAGUAGAUCGAGCCGUCUGUUGUUUCUUCCCAAAGUGUCCUCAUAGGAGAAUCGUUAGAGCUGCUGAAAGUCUCCUUUACACACAAGUCAGAUUAAGGCACUUUGCCAAAUAUAUUCAUAUAUAUUCGUAACUUGCCCAUAUUCUUUUUUGAUACAAGAGCGUGUUAGUGGUGUGAUAAUUCAGUGUGAAUGUCUGGUGUGAACGGUUUCGGUGUGCACAGAAAACGUCAAAUCGCAAAUCACUUUUUAUUGCACAUUGCAUAUAGGAGAGUGAAAGUCUAAUGAAGGACUUUUAUUUUAAUAUCAAAGUUUAUUUUUCUAAAAAACGAAUAAAAAUCAAGGAAAAUAGCCGACCCUGUUUACAUUCAGUAAGAAAUUAGGAGAAAUAGAGAAAUUUAGAGACCUUUAGUUCUUCCCCCCCCCUGCUUUUGUUUGAAUAUGUUUAUUUACUCACCCAUCAUUUUAAUUUUAUUUUAAUUUUAGGUGUUUUUCCUUUCAAAGUUCACAUCAUUUAUGUGUCUGUUUUGUGUCUGUGUACUCUUAUCUUUUGAGGACACCUACAUGUGGAGAGUGAAUGUGAAUGAGGUCCUGUUGUUGCAGACGUGUCCUUAUCCCUGCUUGCAGUAGGUAUUUAAUCAUAAGCGUGAAUGUAAAUUCAUUUCUCUGUGUUUAUUUGUUUUCCCUUUGACUUGGAAGAACUUGCCAAAUGAUAAGCACACACAUAAUCCCUAUUCCUGACAGCGGAGGGCGUUCAGUUGCACAUUAGAAUGUUUCAGAAUACUAACCAAAGCAGGUGUUUUACUUUACACCCUUCCUUCCAAGAGCUUUUUGUGUAUUGUGUGUGUUUUCCUCAUUGAUUUUGUGUACAUCUGGCCAUAUAUGUAUAUAAGACAGACCAGAGCGUUUACGUAUUUAUUUUGUAUGUAUUGUUUUAGAUCAGUUACAUGUGUGAGUGUGUGUUGUGGACUUGGAAUUGAUGAUAUACAGAGCUUAAUUUGGAGUAAGUUAACAAGCACAAGCCAUUGUGAUCUGUCACUAUAGAUCCGGCUGUUUAGUCACGUCUCAUGUCUGAUGACUCUUUAGCUUAUGUUUGAUAUAAAACCAGCUUUAUAGAGGGACUCUCCAUCUAAAUGUGAUAUACAGUUUAAAUAUUCCGUUUUUUUUUUAUUGUGGUGCUAAUUCUGUCAUUUAUUUUCAAUAGUUACUGCAAACCACAAUCAUUUCUGAUGGAAAAAUUCACGAUCAUAGAAUUUAGGCUGUUUUGUGUUACUCUAUGGCCUGGUUUUACAGACGUCUUGGAUUAAUUUACAAAACUGAAUCCUCUUUAUCUAACCAGCCUUGUGUGUGCACAGCCAGUAUGAGUUUGGGAUGAAUUUGUAGCAUUUACAUUGACAUGCUUUAUUCCAGUGUUUAUUGUAUUUUAUUAUCUUUCUUUUAAUGGUUUUGGUGCAUCCCGGUGCUGUUAGGUCUCUACAUGGACAUUUUAAUUACAGCAGGGACUGUUAUGUUAAGCAUACACUACCCAUAAUACUCUAAGCUUUACCUCCACCCAGUGCUCUGGUAUUUCCUCUAAGCAUAUCUGCAGCGUGCUUUAAGCUGCAGCGAUCUAAACACAGUCUUCUCAGUGUUGCAGACGUUACUGGACCAUGGAGGGUUUAACGUUAUGAGGUGUUAGCCUUUUAGCCUUUAAUGCAAAACCUUUUCUCCGCUUUUUUUCAGAAAUACUAUUCGGGUGGGCCUGAGAAGCCCAGGAAAGAAAGUUUUCCUCUGUUAAUGAAGAAAAACCAGAAACUCUUGGUUUGGGGUGCAGUACUGUCCCCUUUUUAGGCCACCCCUUUGCCUUUCCUCGCUUGAAUGUUAGUGUGUUUGCUACUCUACCAUAGCUGACCUUUUGGCACUUAGGCUACUUCAGUCCUCUACAUAUCAAUCCUCUUCCAAGAUGCCAGAUUUGAAACCUUGUGUCAUUUCAAGGCUCUUUAUAGUGAGCCAGUUGUACUUACUCUCCUAGAAAGCACUUUAUCUCCUUAUCGGAGAGGCUGACACAUGAAACACAGAAGUUCUCCUGAGUAAGCUUGCAGGGUGAUUUUGCUAAUCCUAUAGCAAAUGUCGCAAGAGGGCUAUUGGAUGUUAUGACACAUGCUGUUUAGGUGACUGUAUGGUUAUUGACGGAGAGUUUCAACCCCUUUCAGGAUUACAGAAGAUGAAGGUCGUAUACAGUAUACAGCGAAGUUAAACAGUAUUGCUAUUUUGUUAUAUAGAGGACAAUGUAAAUAUAUUCGGCCGUCUUGGUAUACUGUUCUAGUACAAUGUUGCACGUGUUUGAGUCUAUGAUUGUGAGGUACAAUAAAUUUUAUUGCAAGUUUUUCCAAA